AUGAGCCUGGCCAGCACCAGUGCAGAAUCUGAAGUCUCAGAUGAUGAGUUGGAGGAUUGUCCUUUGGGUCAGGAUGGUGACUGUGAUGCUGAAAGCCCCGCAAGGCUCCCUUCCCACUCAGAGCGCUCUUCCAGCCCCAGUGACACAGAGGAAGUCAAGGUGGUUAAGAGGCGUAAUCGACCAGUGCGGUCCAAAGCGCGAAGAGAUGCGGCCAACAUCCGAGAGCGAAAGCGUAUCUCUGACUACAAUCAGGCUUUCAACACCUUACGCACUGUUCUCAAGCACGACCUCAGUGGAAAGCGUCUCUCCAAGAUUGCCACACUAAAACGUGCCAUCCACCAUAUUUCAGCACUGUCUUUGUACCUGCAGACACAUUCAACCAUGGAACCAGAUGCACCAACCUGCACCCAUACGGAAUGCCACAGACAGUCAGAAGAGAAUGAUCUGUUACACAAGAAGUCAAGAACAUUCAAGGAACCGGUGGAGAACUACCUUCAUCAUCAGUCAGAGCUCCAGGGAACCUAUGCCCACACAGUCUCCUCAGGUAUACCUGGGAUUUUAUAUAAGGAUAUCUCAAGCUCAGCAUCCCCACACUACAGCCAGUGCACCACCAACAGUGAGCUGAACAUGAAUCAUGGACAUUAUAGUCACCAAUGGCAUGACCAGAAUACUAAAUACAACAGUGUGGGGCCUGGAUAUCAACAUGGGAUGAGGGUCAGCUGUCAUCAGAACCAUAUGGACAACUAUGCAGACUCUACUACUGUGCCUUUGGCUUGGCAGCUGGGCUACCUGCAAUGUCAAGGGUACCAACAUUCUCUGAGUAUGCACUGA